AUGCCACGACUGGACACAGCUGGGUGGGUGCUGCGGACUAAGGUGACCGAGUCGCGUCGCAAGGAACAGUACGAAGAAAAAAAGCGGCAGGAGAAAAACAAGAUCCUGAACAGUAAGGUGGACAGGAAAAUGCGAAAAGAGAAAGACUCGGGCUUCUCGAGGUCGGGUUUAAUGUUUAAUCAAAAGAUAUGGGCAAUGGCAGGCCCGGGCAAAUAUUUUGUCGAGGUCUUACCGUGCGACCCCUGCAAGGUUGACGAAAAGGGGCGGAUACUCCAAAUGAGAGAAUGA